GGCGCCCAGCGGCGGCGCGAACGGCCGCGAGGAGGGUGUCUCCGCGCUCGGUGCUCACCGCGACUUCCCGUGCAGGGCCCGGCCGGACAAGGACCUGCGGCCUCCACGGGGCUGGAGGAUGCGGCCGCGGCCCCCGGCAGCAGCAGCGGGAAGCCCGGCGCCUUGCAGGCCAGCAGUUGAGUAGCUGGGGCCCCUGAGGGCUUGAAGCCUUCACAGUGAUGGCGGAGAAGCGGCCACUGGGGACCCUGGGGCCUGUGAUGUAUGGCAAGCUGCCCCGCCUAGAGGCAGACUCCGGGCCCGGGCACAGCCUGCCCCCCUCUGCUGGUAACCAGGACCCCUGCAGCUACAAGGGUGCCUACUUCUCCUGCCCUAUGGGGAGUGCUCCCAAGGCAGGGUCUGAGCGGUUGGCAUCUUGGACCCCAUAUCCACCCUUGUACCCUACCAGCGUGGCAGGACCCCCUCUUCGGACGGACAGCCUGUUGACCAGCUGCCUGCUCCACCGCUCACCAGCAGAAAGCUCUGAGAAGGUGCAGGACCCUGGUCCUGUUGAGCUCCUGCCCCUCGGUCCCCAGUCUCAUUCCUACCCAGGCCCACCGUUGGCGGCACCCAAACCUGUCUACCGGAACCCUCUGUGUUACGGGCUCUCGACUUGCCUGGGGGAUGGGGCAGCGAAGAGGCCACUGGACGUUGAUUGGACGAUGAUGACUGGACCCCUCUUACCCCCGGCUGACCCAUCUUGUUCUCUGACCCCAACUCCUGGCAAGGGCCCAUCCCUAGAUGGCACCUUCUUGCGUGGGGUGCCAGCUGGCAAAAAUUCAGUAAGCUUCUCCCCGUGCCAGGCAUUUCUGGAGAAGUAUCGGACCAUCCACAGCACAGGCUUCCUGGCCUCCAAGUAUGCAGGUCCUUACUCUGGGGAUCCCAAGCAGGCAUUGUCCGAUGGACCCCCCAGCCCUUGGACCCAGCUGGCCCAACCCCUGGGGCCAGCCUGCCAGGAUACAGUGCCUACCCACUACCCGCUCCCUCACCCUCCACAGGCUCUGCCUUGCCCAACAGCCUGUCGCCACCCAGAGAAGCAGGGCAGUUAUAGCUCAGUGCUUCCGCUACAGCCUGUGGGAGCCCACAAGGGGGCUGGGUACCCAGCUGGUGGGCUGAGCAGCCCCUACCUGAGGCAGCAGGCCGCCCAGGCACCCUAUAUGCCCGCAGUGGGCCUGGAUACUUUUUCCUACCCCUCUGCCCCACUCCCAGCACCCUCACCAGGCCUCAAGCUGGAGCCACCUCUUGCUCCCCGGUGCCCACUGGACUUCGCUGCCCCCCAGACACUGGGCUUUCCUUACGCCCGUGAUGACCUCACUCUCUGUGGAGCAUCCCCAGGGCUUGGAGGGACGCCACCUUCCCAAAACAAUGUACAGGCUGUGCCGCAGCCCAGUGCCUUCCAGCGAGCAUGCCAGCCCCUACCCGUCAGCCAGCCCUGCCCAGAGCCCGGGAGGCCUGCAGAGGAGAAGAUGUGGCUGCCCAGCUGCAGGAAAGAGCAGCUCCGGCCCCAGCUCGGUGAGCACCCCGGAGCACCCAUUGUCAUUGGAGAUAGCCCGGUUCCACGCACCCCUCCGGCGCUCCCGCCCUGCGCCCGGGAGCGCCAGUCUCUUGCGCCAAACGAGGGCGCGCUGCCACCCAGCUCUCCACCCAUGCCGAUUAUCGACAAUGUCUUCAGCCUGGCCCCCUACCGGGACUAUCUGGACGUGCCGGCACCCAAGGACACAGCUGAGCCUGAGCCAGCCCCAGCCCCUGGUGAGAGCCCUGCCAAAGACUUGGGGGGGGGCCUGCCUGCCCGGGAUGCCCUUUCGAAGGCUCACUGCUCACUUAGAGAGGAGGUAGCCCUGGACUUAAGUGUGAAGAAGCCUGUGGCAGAGGCUCCCAUCAGGGUUCCUAGUCCUGCGGUGCGUGCCAAGCCCACGGCAGCCCUGGAUGCACCAGCUGUGGGGAACACAGUCUCGGAUCUGCCAGACCUGGAAAAGAUGGUCUCGGAGGCACCGGGCCUGCCUGGGGUACUGGCGACCACCGAGGCCGCCCCGCGGACCAACUUCCACAGCUCCGUGGCCUUCAUGUUCCGAAAAUUCAAGAUCCUCCGGCCAGCACCCUUGGCUGCAGCCGCGGCCCCAUCGGCGCCCACCCCUGCCCCUGCGUCUGCCCAGCCUGUACCAACCCCCACAUCCGUGCCCCUUGGUCUCCAGAUUCUCACACAGCCCUUGCCCGUGGCCUGCUUCAACCUGGCGCUGCCCAGCCCUCCAGCCGUAGCCAUGGCCUCCCCCACCCUGGCCCCGGCCCCAUCACCUGCCCCGGCCCAGGCUCCGGCUCCAGCUUCUACCCCCGCGGCAGCGGACUCUCCAGAGCAACACUUCACAGGACUGCACGCUUCCCUGUGCGAUGCCAUCUCGGGCUCAGUGGCACACUCCCCACCCGAGAAGCUGCGUGAGUGGCUCGAGACGGCCGGGCCUUGGGGCCAGGCGGCGUGGCAGGACUGCCAGGCUGUGCAGGGGCUGCUAGGCAAGCUGCUGUCGCAGCUGCAGAGCUUCGUGUGCACACAGCAGUGCCCCUUCCCCCAUGUGGUGCGGGCCGGGGCCAUCUUCGUGCCCAUCCACCUGGUGAAGGAGCGGCUCUUCCCACGGCUGCCUCCCGCCUCCGUGGACCACGUGCUGCAGGAGCACCGCGUGGAGCUGCGGCCCACCACGCUGUCCGAGGAGCGGGCGCUGCGCGAGCGGGCCCUGCACGGCUGCACGUCACGCAUGCUCAAGUUGCUGGCGCUGCGCCAGCUGCCCGACAUCUACCCCGACCUGCUGGGCCUGCAGUGGCGUGACUGUGUCCGCCGCCAGCUGGGUGACUUUGACACUGAGGCUGGAUCUGUGCCCUCCUCAGAACCCACCAUGGCCAGAGAUGAGCCGGAGAGCCUAGCCCUGGCUUGGAAGUCACCUGUCCCCAAGGCCAGGAAGCCAGGGAGGAAGCCACCAACCCCUGGCCCAGAGAAAGGGGCAGCUGCUGGGGAAGGGUCCCACGGUACCUCCCCUGCCCCUGCCGCCAGCACCAGCCCCCCUGGCCCCACGCUAAGGGCCCGCUUCCGCAGCCUGCUGGAAACUGCCUGGCUCAGUGGCCUGGCACUACCUACUUGGGGCCACAAGGCCUGAGGGCUGGAGCGGCCCGUGCCUCACCCACAGGUGCUGGGUGGCCAGAGCCAUCGCUGUAGCACUGGUGGCUGUUUGGGGGUCACUGAACCCUUACCUUUUGUAAGGCCAGCUGCCCAGGGCUAGGAGUGGACAUGCCCUUGGGGCUUCUGCUCUUGCUCCCCCCCCCCCCCCGCUACCCCUGCUGGGCUGAGAGCCUCCAAACUUUUAACUUGUGGAGCUUUAUUAUUAGAAAGGACUACUUCCUGUUUCUUCUUUAGAGAAAACGUGUGGGCUUUGGAGCUCAACAGACUUGGGCUUGAAUUCUAGCUCCUGUGUUCCUUGCUGUGUAACCAGGCAAGUCACUUCCUUCCUUGAGCCCUCAGUUCCCCGUUUGUAAGAUAGGACAACGCAGCCUACCUCACAGGGUUGUUGUGGGGGUGAUGUCUGACACACACCCAUUAAGGUUUGCUCUCUGCUUCCUCCCCAGGACAGGGGCCUAGCUCCCAGCCAGAGCCUGGAAUAGGAGGCUAAGGCAAGCAGAACCUUCUAGAAAGUCUUCGUGUGUCAUAGGAUUUGGUUAUUUUAGGGUGGUACGGUGUACAGUGUGUAUGACUUACACUUUUCUAGAGUCAUUUCCCAGGAAAGCCUGGGGCUAUGCCCCAGUGUCUGGGGUUGGGCCCUGACCCCCAGCCUGGAGCUCCCUGGGGGAGCCUGCCCCUUCUCUCCUUCACUACAGGGGGUGCCUGGAUACAGCCUGGGGCUGACAUUCUUGUUCUGGGCCUGCUGCCCUCAACUCUGGGAGGCCCCAGGCCUGUCCUGAAUUGACACCAGUGACUUCCCUGAGCUGCCGCCUCCACCCGGUGUUAUCUUCCCGAGAAAGUUCGCUAGAAGCCGAGCAGCUACAGGGACUCAGGGACUAGACAAGACAGGCUGAAUGACAGCUUAAUCCUGGGAGGUCUCCGAAGAUGUAGACUAGGGACCCUGGCACUCCCUAAGCCAGAGCCCCUGUCAGGCCUGCUAUGAGUUACCUCCUUGCAGCGUGCUAAACUGAGCCAGAGGCUGGUGAGCUGGGCCCUUGACCUAGCUAAGGUUUGUAAGAAGGCUGUGGGCCCUGGAGGCAGGCCAUUAAACAUUAAAGCAUUUGGGUUGUUUUUGGA